GUUAGCAUAACCCAAAAAGAUUACAAAGCAAAAGAGAGGGUUUUUCCAUUUCAAAACCCCGCCACCCGCCACACUCAGACACUCUCACUACAUCAUCAUUGCCAUUCUUUCCAAAAAGUGUCAAUUUUCUUUUUCCCCUCAAGGAAAAAUCUUUGAGUUAAAUCCAGCUUCAAUUUCCAGAUCCCACAAAAACCCUAAAAUUUUUUUUUUUUCUGGGAUUUCCCUUUUGAAGAAGUAGAAGUAACGGCAAGAUGCCGAGGGAAAUUAUCACGCUUCAAGUAGGUCAAUGUGGGAACCAGAUCGGUAUGGAGUUCUGGAAACAACUCUGUCUCGAGCAUGGGAUUAGCAAAGAUGGCAUUCUUGAGGACUUUGCUACCCAGGGAGGUGACAGAAAAGAUGUGUUUUUCUAUCAAGCUGAUGAUCAACACUAUAUCCCACGAGCAUUGCUUAUGGAUUUGGAGCCCAGGGUGAUUAAUGGUAUUCAAAAUGGUGAAUACAGGAAUCUAUACAAUCAUGAGAAUAUUUUUAUAGCUAAUCACGGAGGAGGUGCUGGUAAUAACUGGGCAAGCGGAUAUCAUCAGGGUAAGCAAUAUGAGGAGGAUCUGAUGGACAUGAUUGAUAGAGAAGCUGAUGGAAGUGAUAGCCUUGAGGGCUUUGUUCUGUGCCAUUCAAUUGCUGGAGGAACAGGCUCAGGUAUGGGUUCAUAUCUGUUGGAAACUCUGAAUGAUCGCUACAGCAAAAAACUUGUUCAGACAUAUAGUGUAUUUCCUAACCAGAACGAGACAAGUGAUGUGGUCGUGCAGCCUUACAACUCCCUUUUGACACUCAAACGGCUUACGCUGAAUGCUGACUGCGUUGUUGUUCUUGAUAAUACUGCACUUAAUAGAAUUGCUGUAGAACGACUACAUAUCACCACUCCAACAUUUGCGCAAACAAACUCUUUAGUUUCUACUGUGAUGUCGGCUAGUACAACAACAUUGCGUUAUCCAGGAUACAUGAACAAUGACUUAGUUGGCCUUCUUGCUUCUCUGAUUCCCACUCCAAGAUGCCAUUUCCUAAUGACAGGAUACACCCCACUCACUGUUGAGCGACAGGCAAAUGUGAUCCGUAAAACAACUGUAUUAGAUGUGAUGAGAAGGCUUCUCCAGACGAAGAAUAUUAUGGUUUCCUCUUGUGCUCGAACUAAAGAGGCCAGUCAGGCAAAAUACAUAUCUAUUCUAAACAUUAUUCAGGGAGAAGUUGAUCCUACGCAGGUUCAUGAGAGCUUGCAAAGAAUUCGGGAAAGAAAAUUAGUGAACUUUAUUGAAUGGGGGCCUGCAAGCAUCCAGGUUGCCCUCUCAAGAAAGUCUCCUUACGUUCAGACUGCUCACAGGGUCAGUGGUUUGAUGUUAGCCAGUCAUACUAGCAUCCGACACUUAUUCAGCAAGUGCUUGAGCCAGUAUGAGAAGUUGAGGAAGAGACAAGCCUUUCUUGACAACUACAGAAACCACCCAAUGUUUGCUGACAAUGAUCUCUCCGAAUUUGAUGAAUCUAGAGAUAUCAUUGAGAGUCUUGUUGAUGAGUACAAGGCUUGUGAAUCCCCAGAUUACAUUAAGUGGGGCAUGGAGGUACCUAGCAAGUUGCUGGUUUUAACAUUUCUUCAAUUUGCUUCUUUCCUUACCAAUUGUGUACGCGCUUUUCUAGGAUCCGGACCAUGUUCUUACUGGGGAUGGAAGUGCUACAGGGAUGGUGGACCCAAAAUUAGCAGUUUAAAAAAAAGGUGGUUGCAGUUGAUGCCAAGCAAAGUGAAAAAGGCGUGUAGAAACAGAUGUCGUUUGAACUUGAGUUUGCGGACGCUAGGUGUUGCGUUUGUUCAAUCAUCUGGAGAGAUGGAUUGUAAGAGUGCAGAGACAGUGUCAGAAUUGCAGUAGGGUUGUGUAUAUUUGUCAAUCUAGUCUUGUAUUUUGUAUAUUGUUCCAAUUUAAGAUGUUCAGUGUGAAAAGAAAGAUUGUACUGGCAUUAGCAACUUUUUCUCCAGUCUUUCACCAAAAAAAAAAAAACUUUUUCUCCAGUCAGAAUGAAAUACAACUAUUUGUUGUUAGUUUCUGCCCGAGAAAUCCUUAUUAGUGAACAAUGCAAGGGGAGGGGUAAAGGAGCUAAUUGAAUUAUACAUUGGCUUCACGAAAGCAUUCAAAUUAUGAUUUCCUGUCUUUCUUUUUUUUUCCCCCCUACCCCUUCCAAGUUCCAUCCCAUAUCAAUGUGGAUGAAGAGGAGAAUUUACUCAUUGAUACAGGUCGAGGGAAGUCUUUUAUUUAUUUUUUUAAUUUUAAAUUUCUGAAUGAUGAUUGUCAAGAAACAUUUGAAGAGGGUUGAAAAAACCGAUUCUUUAGACGAUUGUAUAGCUGACACUAUCAUAAAAGUUUUCUUAUAAUAUUGCCCUAAGAAAAGAGAAAGAACAAGGCAAGUGCUUGACAUUGUAUAAUAGAACUUAACAUUAUUAGUCUUCUUUUUGUCUUAAAAUUAUUGUCCAA